AUCAAUAAUCCUAUUUACUGUUAUCCUCGGUUUAUGACUGAGACAGGUAUUAAAGGAGCGCCUUUCGUUUUUUCCACCAUUCCAUCUCUGCGGUCUCAGGAUGUUCAAGUUUUUGCUGCUGUUCCUGACGCUGUCAGGCCUCCAAGCUGUUCCAAUUGCAGUCCUUCGAGGUUUGCAGAAGACGUCUUCAACCUACCAGCUCCCCGAUGGCUUUCGACAGGGCACCGAGCACACCGACGUCCGUAAACCCAUUCCGGACGGCUUCCAUCAGGGUACUGAGCCCUCCAGGAAUUUCCUUGUUGACCUCAACACUGGCCUAGUGCGGAAACGCAUCGGUGAGAUGAGCAGGAGAGUGGGUUCUAUGCAGCUUUCUCCAGCAAAGGGAUUUGGUGAGAUGGAGAGAAGACACUGGCUGACAGAUGAGGUCCCGGUUGAUGUUCCGACCCUGAAGAACGCUGGUGGUUGGGUCCGGGUAGAUGAACCUUCUGUUCCUCAUCUUCAAGAUGGUUUUCGACAGGGAACUGAACCCAUUAAGACUAUCCCAGAAGGUUUCCGACAGGGAACAGAACCCAUUAGGACUAUGCCAGAAGGUUUCAGACAGGGAACAGAACCCAUUAGGACUAUCCCAGAAGGUUUCAGACAGGGAACAGAACCCAUUAGGACUAUCCCAGAAGGUUUUAGACAGGGAACAGAACCCAUUAGGACUAUCCCAGAAGGUUUCAGACAGGGAACAGAACCCAUUAGGGCUAUCCCAGAAAGUUUCAGACAGGGAACAAAACUUGUAAAGUCCAGCCCAGAUAGCUUCAGACAAAGAACUGAACCCAUUAAGACUGUCUCAGAUGGUUUCAGACAGGGAACUGAACCCAUUAGGACUAUCCCAGAAGGUUUCAGACAGGGAACAGAACCCAUUAGGACUAUCCCAGAAGGUUUCAGACAGGGAACAGAACCCAUUAGGACUAUCCCAGAAGGUUUUAGACAGGGAACAGAACCCAUUAGGACUAUCCCAGAAGGUUUCAGACAGGGAACAGAACCCAUUAGGGCUAUCCCAGAAAGUUUCAGACAGGGAACAAAACUUGUAAAGUCCAGCCCAGAUAGCUUCAGACAAAGAACUGAACCCAUUAGGACUAUCCCAGAAGGUUUCAGACAGGGAACAGAACCCAUUAGGACUAUCCCAGAAGGUUUCAGACAGGGAACAGAACCCAUUAGGGCUAUCCCAGAAAGUUUCAGACAGGGAACAGAACCCAUUAGGACUAUCCCAGAAGGUUUCAGACAGGGAACAGAACCCAUUAGGGCUAUCCCAGAAGGUUUCAGGAAGGCACCUGAACCCUCCACGUGUGAGGGAGAGGUCAUCAACGGAAACUGCUAUGAGUUCAACCCUACGCUGCUGGCCUUCCAAGAUGCACAGGCCUUGUGCAGAUCUCUCGCCCCAAAUGCUGAGCUUGCAUCCGUUACCACUGGCGAUCUGCAAUCCCGUCUGGUCUACCUGGUGACCCAGGGUGGAGAGCGCAACCCUGUCCUGACCUGGCUGGGAGGCAGGGUCCAGAACCAGCAGCCAUCAUGGGUAGACGGGUCUGAGUGGCGCUACAGCGAGUGGAUGCCAGGUCACCCAAACCUUCACACGGAUAAACCGGUCUGCGUGGAGAUGUUCAAGAUGGGCGAGAGCUGGUGGACGGCCGCCGACUGUGAACUGAAGAGAGCGUCCAUCUGUUCGUACCAGAUCACUGCGUGAAAACCACAAAGAAACAGAGCAUGAAAUGAGUUGUUUCCUCGAAUACAUCUGUAUUCCCUCAAAUAAAAAAAUUGGCAAUA